AUGUCGCAAGUUGCCUCCAAGCGAGAAUUUUCUGAUGAUCACCCCUCUGCGUGGCCGACCCUGGGAGAAGCCGAGGGGAAAGCUCUUGUGACUACCACAUCCGACAGCACCAAGACGAUGCACCCUAAAGCGUGGGGACCCCCGGCGAAGAAGACACUCAAAGCGGUGGAUCGCGAGAUACUGGUUGAGCGGAAUCGCCGGCUGGAGCAGGAGCUCGAGGACAGCCUCGUGACUCAGCAGACGUUGGAGGACCAGCUCGAGGAGAGCCAGCAAUUGCUCAGUGAGCUGAGGACAGCAGUGGACAGCCACAUCGACGACACCUCGCUACUUCAUGGCAUGGCGCUUUUGGGCGCAAUUGCCGCGGGGACAACGCAGAAGGCUUUGUCCGUCAAUCAGCGGCUCGUUCGACACAUUUCGCACAGGCAAGUCGUGCAAGGCGCACAAAGCACUUCUCUGAGCCGGACACUGCAAUCCGAUUGCAGCAGGCUGGGAACUGCAUUGUUCAAGACGUUGAUGGCAGGUUCGGGGGACAGCGAUGAGGCGGUGCGAACGGCGGACGAGAUGGACAGGAUCCUCGUACUCAAGCUGACUGAGUUGGGCAUUGCUGAUCUCAAGGACCUUGUUCUCUCGUCCCCUGACCCCACUUUCCAGCCAGGCGGGACCGGAGUCAGGUCCGACUCUGAAGGCGAGGAGACUGAGAGUGAAGAGGGAGACAAUUCGGACGUGUCAGCGGCCUCCAACGGCGACGCCGCAUCGGUCAUCUUCACGGGGCGGGCUUGA